AUGGAUUUGCACAUUUUAGACCACAGGCUGAGAGUAACCAGCAUCAGCAGGAAUGGGCUGCAACACUACACCCAUCAUCUGAUCAAAUUCAUCUUCCUCAGGAACAGAAGCAGGUGCAAAUUCCUCAGUAUGACUGAAACUCCAGAAAAUUACACCGUUGUCCUUGAUGAGGAGGGAUUUAAAGAUCUGCCCCCUUCCGAGCACCUACAGGUGGAGAGCUCUACGUGGCUGCCCCUCAACGUUGUGUCCAACGGUAACGCUUCCAGCAGCUCUCAGACCGUGGGCGUCACCAAGAUCGCCAAAUCGGUCAUCGCCCCGCUGGCCGAGCAGCACGUCUCCGUCUUCAUGCUCUCCACCUAUCAGACGGAUUUUAUCCUGGUGCGAGAGAAAGACCUGUCUGUGGUCAUCCACACCUUGGCAGAGGAGUUUAAUAUUUUCAAGGAGGUCAACGGAGAAUCGGUGCCGGUGAGCGUCCAGGAUGUGAGCAACGGUCUGCAGCGUAACGGGAGAGACGUCCCUCAUUCCACGGUGCACCCGGUGUUGAUCCCAAAUAACCAGUUCUGCGUGAUGAGCUUGGACCCUGACACACUGCCGGGCAUCGCCACCACACUCAUCGACGUUCUCUUCUUCUCUAACAGUCACAGGGAUGACGGGAACAGUUCUGCUGAUCUGGAGUGUGUAAAGUUCUUCUCCUUCUCUCUGAUCGACGGCUACGUUUCUUUAGUGAUGGAUACAGAAGCACAGCAACAAUUUCCUGCCGAUCUGCUCUUCACCAGCUCAUCUGGUGAGCUCUGGAGGAUGGUGAGAAUCGGAGGACAACCAUUAGGCUUCGAUGAGUGUGGGAUCGUCGCUCAGAUCUCUCAUCCACUAGCAGAUUGUGAUAUCUCAGCAUAUUACAUCAGCACAUUCAGCUUCGACCAUGCUCUGGUGCCAGAAGAGGACAUAGUGAGGGUUACAGACAUGCUGCAGGAUCAGAGGAGACACAACGGCUGCUGA